AUGAGAGCAUUAUCUAUCGUAUAUCACAGACAAGUCGAGUCGUCAACUUGUCAUGCCGCAAGUCUUUCAGUCCCUCGAGAUCUUGAAAUCUUUCAAAGUCUUUCAAGCUUGCAUUCAAUUUCGAAUAUAAUAUCACGUGAUAUGCAUAUCGAAAUCCCAAAGAGGAAAUUCUCGACUUCGACUUCAGCUUUUCCCAUGUUUUACUCGAGUAUGGCCCGGGAUGUGGAGGGGAGUCAGGAUGUACUUUGCAAGAUGAUAGCAGAUGUCCAUCGGGACGACCAAGGCGAGCCAUGCGUGAUCUGCCUGGACAAGGUCGAAAAAGCCGGCACUGCGAUCCCAUGUAAACACGCCAAUUUCGACCUGCAGUGUCUUUUGAUAUGGCUGGGACAACGCCCUGCUUGUCCGCUGUGUCAAGCGGCCGUGACUGGAGUGAAGUACGAGGAGAAGAUAGUCUGGAUACCAACUUCUCCGCCUGCUGCUAGUAAAGAAGGGGGCCCCAGCCUUAGACAUAUACGCAGACAGCGAAUACAGCACUCUGGCCCCCGUGCCCGUGUAGAGGUGGACUCUGCACUGUUGCGUCGCCGACAUGUAUACCGCCAUCAACUGUAUAGCCUACGGGUGGGUUCGAACAGAUACUCCCGGUAUCGUGAGCUCACGCCUCGGAUGAUUGACCGGGAUGGCAACCUGCUCUCCCGGGCUCGGAGAUGGAUCCGGCGUGAGCUGCAGGUGUUUACCUUUUUAAACCAGCCGGAUCAAGAUAGAGAGAGAGCUGGUGUAAGGAUUGGAAACCCAGAGUACCUGCUCGAGUACAUCAUUGCCCUUAUACGCACGGUUGACAUGAAGGGCAGCGCAGGACAGGCAGAAGAGCUGUUACGAGACUUCCUGGGCAGGGAGUAUGCCUCACUGUUCCUACAUGAGCUGCAGUCCUGGAUGAGGAGUCCGUUUGAGACUCCGCGGGAGUGGGAUGCAACUAUUCAGUAUGAUGAACGUGGAAUAUCAUGA